ACAAUAUGCUUCUUAUAUGACACAGCCGGCAGAGACUCUUGAGCAGAAUCUGGUAUUUAGUAGAUUGUUGUGCGUUUGAACAGGAACGACGACGGCGACCUCACUGAUCCCGAUCCAAGUGUGACGGUCUCCCAUGCUGUCGCAGCACCAACAGCAGCACCAGCAGCCAUCUUUCACACCAAACCUCAGUGCAGCCAAAGACCAGUCGCAGCAGCAGCAGAAUUCAAUGUUUUCCUCACAAUUAGCGUCGGGGAGCAAUACACCCGGUAACACCUUCAGCGCAAACAGCAGCAGCAGCAACAACAACAACUUCAGCAGCAGCACGAACAGCAACAACAGUAUGAACGGAGGCGGAUUGAUCGACGUCUCGAGUAAUAUUGCAAUCGACCUGGACGACGACCUGCCGCUUGCGUUUGUGGCCUCGGCGGUUAAGCAGCAGGCUGAUAGUUUCCCGCCGGGAUCGAACGGGGACCAACAAGGGACCGGUACGCUAAAGUCAGCGGACGAGCUGAACGAAGGACUGAAGAAGCUUGAUGAGCUGUAUGAGGAGCUAUUACAACUGCGGGUCGCUACGCCCAAUCUUCUUCGCGCACUAUCAAAGUCAGAUCCCGGAACCAAACCCGAGGACAUCUACCGCGCCUUCGCGUCCAACGCGCGCGGCAUCUCCGCCGCAAUCGACAAAUUCACAAAAGACAUGCACGACGCCGCGCCCUUAUUCGACUACGCCACCAAGAGCCGAGUAAAGAAUCCGAACGGUAUUGUCCGCGGCUCGUACGAUGACGACUUUGACGUCGAGAGCAUGGCCGAAACCGUCGAGCUGCCUGAGGAGCUCGUGGCUGCUGCUGCUGCUGCUGGUACCUCAGCGCAGAAUAACAACAACGGAGCUGUAAAGACAAACACUGAAGAGAGCGAGCAUAAAUUCGAGCCGUUUUCGAGCGGCGACGUGGUUGAUCUCGACAACGACAUCAAGAUGGAUGAUCUUACGGGGACCGCCGACGGCAUGUCGUUUGGCGACUCGAUGAUGAGCAUGAUGGGCGACGGCAGUAGCAACGCCGUCCUGG